CAUCAGACCGCACUUCCCUCAUCCUCACUCUCUCCUCAUCCCUCCAUUCAUCCUUCUCCCUUCGAAUUCCAGUAAUCUCUGUCUCUUCUUCCCUUCUCAUUGCCCUCAGCACUGUCUGUCUCUCCUCUUUCCAUCUCUUUGAUUGACUUUGACAAAGUUUGAAGCAUGGGCUGUGGGAAUUCCACCUCUGCCAGCACAGCUGCAGGUCCAUCUGAGUCAGUCAAAGAUGUGCAGGACAAUUCGUCUGUGGAUGAUGAGAAGAGGAGGAAUUAUGGUGGAGUGUAUGUGGGAUUACCUGCCGACAUCAGCAAUGUGGCCACCGGACAAACACCCUCCACACACAAAGAAUAAUGAUAUUCAGAGCUGAAGGCACAGAUAAAGGACUUUCCAGAGGGAAUCUUGGCUGAAAAUUGUUGCGUAAUAAUCUCAACAGGA